GUCAAAAUAGUUUGUAAUCUUUCUUUGUGCAUAAAAUCAACUGUGUGUUAAAAAAAAAAUGGUUACAAAAGAAUUAGAAUCUAUUCAUAUUUACAAUGAUAAAUUGGAUUUAAAAUCAGAAAUUGAAAAAUUAAAUUUAUCCGAGGAAGAUGAUGCAGUUAAUUUUUGUGAUCUUACAAAUAUCAUAAUUCAGUACAAUACUUGGAUGAAAUAUCUUCCAAAUGUGAAACCUUUUUAUGCUAUCAAGUGUAACGAUGAAUGGCCAGUUUUAAAACUUUUAAAAAAUCUUGGAACUGGAUUUGAUUGUGCUUCUAAGAAUGAGAUAAAAAAAGUUUUUGAAGUUGGAGUGCAUCCAGAUCGUAUUAUUUAUGCUAAUCCAAUGAAAUCGAAAUCUUAUAUAAAAUAUGCUCAAUCAGAAAAUGUUACCAAUAGCACAGUGGAUAGUGAAUUUGAAAUUUAUAAAAUGUUCAAAUACUAUGCGGAAUCAAACGUUAUACUUCGAUUUCGAUCAGAUGCUAAAAAGGUAUUAAGUAUACUUGGAAAUAAAUUUGGUUGUGAUGCCUUUGAAAAUGGAGCAGCUUUAAUGAUGUUGACUAAAAGCUUAAAUAUGAAUAUGAUUGGAGUUAGUUUCCACGUUGGCUCUGGCUGUCUAGAAUUAGAAGCUUACGAAAGAGCCAUUUCAACUGGAAGCAGUUUAUAUAAAUUUGGUAAUCUAAUUGAUCACAAUAUGAAAAUUCUUGAUAUUGGUGGUGGAUUUCCUGGCGAAGUUGGCGGUAUGUUUCCAAAGAUAGCUGAAUCAAUAAACAAUUCAUUGGAUGAAUAUUUUGCUAAUUUAGAUGUCGAGGUUAUUGCAGAGCCAGGAAGAUAUUUUGUUAACACAGCCUACACUAAUAUAUCCAAAGUAUUUUCUCGGCGUGAAGUAAGAUCCGAAGAUGGUGAACUUGAAAAGAUUAUGUACUAUGUAAAUGAUGGAGUUUUUGGAACGUUUAGUUGUACUUUAUAUGAAGAUCUACCCAUCGAAGCUAUUCAUUUUAAGGACGAAGACAGUGAAUUAUUUGAUUGCUUUAUUUGGGGCCCUACUUGUGAUGGAUGCGAUAAGAUUCUUGAAAGUGUACGCCUGCCCAACUUAGAAGAAGGAGAUAUUCUAGCUUUUCCAAAUAUGGGAGCUUAUACAGUUCCUAUUAUGAGCACAUUUAAUGGAUUUGAUAAACCCAAAACACGAUUUUAUUUAAGAAGUGACUAUGUUAAAUAUUUAUAAGUGUUUAAUAUUUACAAUGUUGUGUUUUCUGAAAGAAAUUGGAAUUUUCGAUUCAAUUCAAAAGUCAUAACUUUAUGGACCUAUGUGAAGAAUUAUAAUGUUUUUUCUAGUACUUGACAUGUAAAUUUAAAAUUGUUCUAAUA